AUGAAUGCAGAAGCGUCAGAAGCGACUCGAAAUUCCGAUUUCGAGAUUGGUAUCAUCUGCGCCCUUCCCCUAGAAGCAGUUGCACUCAAAGAGAUUUUUCAUACCAUUUAUAGCGAGAAUCAGUUCGAUGGCAAGGAACCGGGUGAUUUGAAUUCAUACACCAAAGGGUCAAUCGGACAGCAUAAGGUAGUGCUGGCGCACCUGCCUGGAAUGGGCAAGGUAAAUGCUGCAGCGGCGGGAUCUACCCUUAAGUCCACGUUCAGGAAUUUGAAACUCGUGCUACUUAUUGGGAUAUGCGGUGGAGUGCCAGAGGGUGCUAACGAAGAGCGAAUAUUUCUGGGAGACGUGGUUAUUGGUACGAGUGUCGUCCAAACAGACUUUGGACAGUGGACCCCAAAGGGCUUCGACAGGAAGGACACAACCCGGGACAACCUAAGAAAACCGCCGCCAGAGAUUGGUUCUUUCCUCGCGAAAUUAGAAUCUGACAAGUCGAAUAUCAGCGCAACCACGUUAAGCUAUCUUGCUAUGUUGCUUGAGAAGCCCGGCUUUGAGACGGCCAGAUUUCCCGGGGUACACGAGGACCAGUUGUUGGCUGGAAGCCCCCCCACGAUUUCUCGAGAACGAUCACAUAGUGAGCCAAACAUCCACUUCGGCGGAGUCGCGUCUAGCGAUUCGGUCAUGAAGUCUGGCAUCCAUCGAGACAGAAUUGCGAAGGCGGAAAAGGUCAUUGCGUUCGAGAUGGAGGCGGCCGGGGUAUGGGACCAGCUUCCGACGCUUGUUGUCAAGGGCGUGAGCGACUACGCCGAUAGCCAUAAGAAUGAUCUGUGGAGAGAAUUUGCCUCUGCGAGCGCAUGGGCAUGUACCAAGGCAAUUAUCGAAAAAUGGGAGAAGCAAGCCACCAAGGAGCAAUAUCGAGUGGUAAGCCAGAGCCCUUUUUAA